GCGGGAACUUUGUCAUGGCUGGCUGUGAAGACGUUUAUCGACUUCACAGAUUUACAAUAAGAUUCUUAACUGAACAAUAACAUAAUUUUUAUCCAACAUGUAAUCAUUCUGCUUCGGUAGUACAACUAUUUCAGCCCGGUAUUUGCCUGUUUUUCUUUCGCGCUACGCUUUAAAACCUACCCUUAGCUGUUAGCUAGCUAGUAAAACUUUAGUGCCUCAGCUAUGGUGGAAUCCUAAAUAGCGCCGUGUUCCCUUUCAGAAUGUCAGAGGAAAAUUUAACGAGCCAAGAUAAAGAAGAACUAAAGAGGCGACUGGUGCUGCUGCAGAAAGAGUAUGAGAGAACGGCACAGAGAUUACAGCGUGCUGAGCGGAGGGAGGCGGUGCGUAAGCAUGUCCAGAACACAAUCUCAGAGCAAAACCAGCUGCUGCACAUCAACGUGCCAUCCGUAUUGGAACAAAGCUCCUCUUCUUCCCCGGAGCAGUUUUCUAACCAGAAUGUUCCUUCAGACACAACUAAGGUCCGUUUCCAUCUUCCUGAUGCCUCUCCGUUUUCCACUCUGACAUGUAAACGAAGCCCGUCUCGAACUCACCGUCUCCGUUCCAAGCGCAGCCGUCUGCGUCUGCAGAUCAGGGAGAGACUGUCUGAUACUGAAGAGAGUCAAGAAAAGACAGAGGAGAGGUGGAGGGAAGAGCGAGGAGAGACGGAGAGCGAGCGUGAAUGGACCGGUGAGGAGAAGGACGUGGAGAGAGGAUGGACUGAAGAGGAGAAGACAGAACUGUUGAAGGGUGGAUUGCAGAAAAAUGAAGACAGUUUGACACCAGUAAAUCUCCAAUCAGCAUCAAAGAGUUCCUCUGUCAGCCAAUCACCUCUAACGAAGCUGUUAGGAGUUAAUGACCCUCCUGCUGACCAAUCAGCUCUCAGAAAUUCCCCAUCAACCUCCUACCAUUCCAAGUCCAGUGAUCAUUCCAACUCAUCCAAUGAAACUUCAAGUCAGUCCUGCGCCGAGACUGUUAACGAUGCAGAGAAAAGUCCAGGAAGCGUAGGUUUCUUGACUUCCUGCACCUUAAUCGAAGGCUUGCCGUUUCCUGUCGAGUAUUACGUUCGUACCACCAGGCGAAUGGCGUCGGCUCACAGGUCUGUGGAUCUGAACGCUGUAAUCCAGAGCCAGCUCUCAAACGGGCGGGGCAGACGACGGUCAAGCAGAGGUCACGUUACCUCACAACCCUCGUCUGAAAAACCUCCGGGAAAAAGCAGAUGUAAAAAAACAGGUCCGCGAGGACACAGGAGAGCAGCCGAAUCCUAUUCAUCUGUUCAGUCCGAGUCCCUCCUCCAAUCUCCGUCUUCCCUUCCCGAGCCAAUCCCGUCACCCAAACUGCCCUCAGGCCCCGCCCCGGAUUCUCAGCUUCACCUCAGAUGUGAGCUCUCACCAGAUUCGGAGGUGUAUCCGGUUUGCAGGAAGAAGCGUAGACGGGCUGGCGUGUCUCGUUCUCAGAUUCCUGCAAGAAUUCACGAUUCCUCACAUCUUCUGCUUUCAUUAACGUCUCUCACUCAGGCUCUGAGAGCGAAGGAUUUCCGAAUCCUCAGUGGUCUGCUAACGGUAUUCGACGUACAGGAUUUUCACCUACCGGACGACGAGUUUGGCCAGCUGAAGCUGGAGCGGCUUUGCUCAUCCUCUUCUAACGCUGGAUUAUUCGCGUACAACGCGUGCUUCAGAAAGAUUGGGAGUAUAUCUGCAGGUGGACAGGUAGAAAAUGAGAAGGUUGUUCUGGACCCAUCACCACACUGUGCUUCUUCAAAAAGUAGGCUUCCUUUGGCGUUCACCGAGGCGGAGAACGCCGACCAAUCAGAGCGUGAGCUCACGAGCCAAGCUCUCGAUAAGACGCAAGAAGAUCUUUUACAGAGCUCGAUCACAAACCAAGCAGAAGGGCACCUCAACAGAGGAGGUGAAAAACCAACACAGCAAAUCAAGCCAAAUGAUCCUCACACACUCUCAGCUAACAGGAGGUUAAUGCUCGACCUGAGCAUGUCCUUGACCUCACACACCCAGAACGAUCACAAUCCUCCACUCAUCUCAUUGGGUCACACCCCUAACCCUUCCUCAGAGCUCACGCCUUCACUCUCGUCUCCUGAUCAGGAUGUCGCCUCGAAACAAUCCGAUGUGGAAGUGAAUAACAGAACGCCGGAAAAGGCAAAUGAAGAAAUCGCCAACGUUUCAGUAAGCUCGAAAGUUCAUAUACAGAGUCGUGAUGCGUCUGAGCAUACUUACAGCAGGAGUUAUAGUUCUCAUGUUUCUAAAAUGGAGGCUGAGCCGGCGAACAAGGUCUUGAUAAACGCUGAAGUGGAGAGACAAGGUUGUGAUGCUUCUGGUGAAAAAAGUCCAAUGCUGGGGAACAUCAGCACACGGGGAAAAACCGCAGAAAUUCCCAAACUGACAAACGAAGUCCUGAUUUGCUCAGAAACGGAGAGCCAGCAUCAUGCCACUUGUGCGCUUUCCCAAAAUCAGUGCCCUUAUUCCCAAACUGGCCUGCCUCUUUCUCAGAAUAACCUCGCUCUUUCUCCAAAUGGCCACCUAAAGGAGCCUGUGUUGAAAACGAAGACUCCAGAUACCGAUGACCUUUACACAAUCUCUGAGCUGCAUUUUUCUUCCCAAACGCCAACAACUAAAACGUCACCAUGUGAAGAUAUUGACAACGUGUUGCACAACGAGACCUCAGCACUUCCUGUUGCCUCCGCCAAUCAGAGCGAAGAGAGCGAUGUUACUUUAUCUUUAAAUUUAGUUAAAACCAGUCAAACACGCACUCAAGAUUCCCAGAAACAACAUGUGGAACUCCUUUCCUGUGGAUCUCUCCAGAAAACUCAUACACUCAAGGCACUGGAUGGAGGGUGUGUGCUGGAUGUGUGUUUGGUGCGAUGGCAGUCUGAUGACUGGUGUGUGUGUGUGGCCGGAGAGUGGAGUGUGUGUGUUUGGAAACAGAAAGCUGGAGCUCAGCAGUGGAAUCUUCUGUACACUUGGACCUUUACACAAUCAGUGAUCUCCCUUCAGGGGAUUCCGGACUCUUCUGCUCUGCUGUGUGUGUGUUUGGGGAGGCUGGAGAUCACAGAGGCAAGGAUACUGUACUGCCCCAGUACAGACAGUGAGUUCUCUCAGGCUGAGCUGUAUAAAGGAGCUCUGCAGGCAGUACUCGCUGUCUCUGAUCACAGGGUGACGUGUUGCUCUGCUCCGGGACCUCAGCAAAACAUCCAGGUGUUUACACUCACUCGGGAUGGCAGGAUCACAGAAACUGUGCCCCUGGUCUCCACUUAUCAGACCAUUCAGACCCUGGUGGUGGUGGAGAGGGAAAAAGACGCUCUGAUUGGUUGGACCGAACACAAGAGUCUCCUCAUAUGGAACAUGAAAUCAGGCCAGCUGCUUCAGACGAUUCGCCUGGCGGGGAGUGUUUCCACGGCAACCUGUCUGAGAGGAUACUCCUACAGGGGUGUGCUGUGUGUGUUACUGCAGCAAGGGAGUGCGUGCCACGAAGAAACCAGUUCCACACUUUUCACUCUGAUCGCCACAAAUCCACUCACAGGAAAAUAUUUCACUCUGAACACCAUCACCACCCCAUCAGCUCCCACAGAGAGGUUGAUAGACGGUGAUGUGUGUGAAUCUGCGCUCGUGGGUGUUUUCCAGUCAGGUUUGGCUAUCUGGAACCUCACAGGGGGCGUGGCCUGUGUGUAUGCAAACGAGCCCGCAGAAGUGUGCCGCCUGGUGCGGUGGGCGGGGCCGAACACACUCCUCACCGGAUACCUGAACGGGGACGUUAACAUCUAUCAGUUUAAACCUCCAGAGGACAGAAGGGAGUUAAAGGACUCUUAAUGAGAACAGCACGUUUCAGAAAAUAAAUGAUCCAAAAGAAGGUCUAUAACCUGAGACAAGAUUUCCUUCAGUUCAAUAAAAUGCACGUCUAAUACACGCAGCAUGCACUAAAUGUUUGUGAUAAAUUUAAUAUGUUCUGUUUCAGGAUGACUGAAGUUUCAAUUUUACUUGCAAAAUAAAUAUUACUUUUAGAAGCACAUUA